AUGGCCUGCUCUCUGCCUGCACUGCUCUACGGCCCCAAGACGAUGUCUCGCAAGAAGGCCCUGCUCCUACUCCUGCUGGCGUUCAGCACGGGCACGCUGAUCCUGCGCCAGAGCGCCCACCUCGGCUGGUUCCCCAAGGCGCCCCUCUUCAGCUGCGCCCCGCCGCCGCCCCCGCGCCCCAAGCACACCGCCGUGGCCUUCCUGAAGACCCACAAGACGGCCAGCACCACCGUCCAGAACCUCCUCUUCCGCUUCGCCGAGCGGCACAACCUGACGGUGGCCCUGCCCCACCACGCCUGCGACCACCAGUUCUGCUACCCCCGCAACUUCUCCUCCCGCUUCGUCCACCCCUACACCCUGCCGCCGCGCCUGAUCGCCAGCCACCUGCGCUUCAACCGCGACGAGCUGCGCCGCCUCAUGCCCAACGACACCGUCUACGUCACCAUCCUGCGCGAGCCGGUGGCCAUGUUCGAGUCGCUCUUCAGCUACUACAACCAGUACUGCCCGGCUUUCAAGCGGGUGCCCAACGGCUCCAUGGAGGCCUUCCUGGACCAGCCGCGCCGCUACUACCGCCCCCACGAGAAGUACGCCAUGUACGCCCACAAUACCCUGGUCUACGACCUGGGGGGCGACCCUGAGCGCGACCCCGACGACCCGGCCUACCUGCCCGCGUUCAUCCGCCAAGUGGAGGGCAUCUUCUCCCUGGUCAUGCUAGCGGAGUACUUCGACGAGUCGCUGGUCCUCCUGCGGCGGCUCCUGGCCUGGGACCUGGACGACGUCCUCUACGUCAAGCUGAACAUGCGCAGCCCGGAGUCCAAGCUCAACAUCACCUCGGCCCGCGUGGCGGCCCAGAUCCGCAGCUGGAACGCCCUCGACGCUCAGCUCUACGGCCACUUCAACGCCACCUUCUGGCGCAAGCUGGCCGAGGUGGGCCCGGACUGCGUGGCGAGAGAGGUGCGCGCCCUCCGCCGGGCCUGCGAGCGCCUGGCGCGCCGCUGCUUCGGGGGCCAGCCCCAGCUGCGCCCGGCCAUGCAGAUCAAGAACAAAGACCUCCGUCCGUGGCAGCCCAGCGCCAAGGUGGACAUUGUGGGUUACGACCUCCCUGGCUCCGGGGCGCCCUUGGACGAACAGUGCCUCAAGCUCGUUAUGCCGGAGGUGCAGUAUUCUCGUUACCUGCUGCGGAAGCAGAGCCUGAGGAACCGGCGGAGGGCGGCCCCCCACCGGCCGCUCCCUCCCAGGGGUCUUCUGCGACCCCCCCGGCACCCGGCUCCCAAGGUAGCCUAA